UUAUAAUUCAAGAAUGGAAAAACUUUCGUCAAAACAAAUCUACCUAAAAUAGAUCUCGUAAUUCCGCUCGAUAAUAAAGGGAAAAAUAAUACCUUCCGUAAUUUGAUUUAUGUUCCGAAAAAGAUUAAACUUUAAAAUCCCGAGCUGGACCACGGCGGAGUCGUUCCUCGACAACCAGCCGCACCACCGCGCCGGAAAACCAGGCUUAUUAGUUAUUAUAAAUCAGCACCACGAGUUACGACCUGAAAAAGUUCUGGUAAAAGGGAAGACAAAUAAAACGAUGUCGUUUCGACCUUCAAUAGCCAUCAUAGGGAUUUGCUUCAAACCGCCGUACUCCCUUUUUAGGUGAUCUAAAUUCUGAAGAAAAGGGGGCACUGAGCUGCCUUUCAGAGACCGUGUUUUUCCGUGUGAUUUUCCGAUGGGCUGCACGCAGUCGAAGAUCGAAAACGAGGAGACCGUGAACCGGUGCAAGGAGCGCCGGCAGCACAUGGAGCGGGCCGUCACGGCCCGGAACAAAUUCGCGGCGGCCCACUCUGCCCACGCCAUGUCCCUUAAGAACACCGGCGCCGCCCUCAGCGACUUCGCGCAGGGGGAGGUCGCGUACCCCGCCGCCGCCGCCGCCGCCUCGGCCUCCGUUGCGUCCUCCUCAUCCGCCGCCGCCGCCACCGUGGCCGCCAACCCCCCUCCGCCCCUACCCCCGUACGACAACUUCCCGCCCCCUCCUCCUCCCCUCCCUGCCUCCUUCACCAAUUCCUCCCCCCUGCAGCGUGCCGCCACCAUGCCGGAGUUUGGGAUCCCCCGACCGGAGGCCAAACACUCAGAUCCGAUCAUCGAGGAGGAGGAGAGCGAGGAGGAGAUCGAGGCCGAGAGCAGCCAUAGCCUGAAAAGACGUAGCACCAGUAGCAAGGGUGGUGGCCGAGGAGGGGUUCCGGCACCGGAGGUCGUGGAGGAUGAAGUUCUGCAUCACCUGCCACGGAGAAAGAGCAAUUCACGUGAUCCGGAGCCACAGCAACAACAUCGGCCGCCUCCCCCACCGGAAAAUUCGUCCUGGGAUUAUUUCUUCUCUAUGGAAAACGUACCGGGGCCCACACUGGCGGAGGUGGAUGAGAGCAAUCUGGAGAGGGAGGAGAUUGAGAGGAAGGUGUUUCAAGAAAGAUCUAAGAAAGGGGAAAUGAACGGAAAGAGUGAGAAAGUGGAGGAAGAGGUGGUGGAGGCAGCAAGAGAACUUCCUCCUCAGCCGCCGCCACCGGAAGCAGCAAUGGCGGCGGCUAAGGCCGUGAAAAGAGUGAAACCUGGCCCUCCGGCUGAGGGCAAAAAGAAGGGUGGGGGAAGUAAUGUGAAUUUGAUGCAAAUAUUUGUGGAUCUUGAUGAUUGUUUUCUUAAGUCUUCACAGAGUGCUCACGAUGUCUCAAGGAUGCUAGAGGCUACUCGCUUGCAUUAUCACUCGAAUUUUGCAGAUAAGAGAGGGAAUAUUAAUCAUUCAGAAAGGGUAAUGCGUGUCAUCACUUGGAAUAGGUCAUUCAGGGGUUUGUCAAAUAACGAUGAUGGGUUGGACGACUUUGAUUCGGAGGAGCAUGAAACUCAUGCCACCGUGUUGGACAAGAUGCUGGCGUGGGAGAAAAAGCUUUAUGAUGAAGUUAAGGCUGGCGAGCAGAUGAAACACGAAUACCAGAAAAAGGUAGCCUCAUUGAAUAGGUUGAAGAAAAGGAAUUCAAACACAGAAGCAUUAGAAAAAAUGAAAGCAGCUGUGAGCCAUCUGCACACGAGAUAUAUUGUGGACAUGCAGUCCAUGGACUCCACUGUGUCCGAGAUCAAUCGUCUACGUGAUGAACAGCUCUUUCCAAAACUCGUUGCUCUCGUUGAUGGAAUGGCUACAAUGUGGGAGACCAUCCAAACACAGCACGAGAACAAAUCCAAGAUCGUCCAAGCCCUCAGGCACCUCGACAUUUCCCAAUCACCAAAAGAAACAACCGACCACCACCACGAGCGCACUCGCCAGCUGUGUGGUGUGGUCCAAGAAUGGCACUCCAACUUCACCGAGCUCAUGUCUCAGCAGAAAGAAUACAUCAAGGCCCUCAACACCUGGCUCAAGCUCAAUCUCAUCCCCAUCGACACCAACUGGAAAGAAAAAGUCUCUUCCCCUGCCCGGGCCCACACCCCACCUAUCCAGGCCCUACUUCACGGGUGGCACGACUACCUCGAAAAGCUUCCGGACGAGCCUGCUCGGGCCAGCGUGAACAAUUUUGCAGCUAUAGUGAAUACAAUAUGGCAGUACCAGAAGGAGGAGCUCGAGCUGAGGGCCAAAUGUGCCGAGUCGAGAAAAGAGUUGGGCAAGAAAACGAGGGAUUUUGAGAAUUGGGCUAACAAGUACAUGCAGAAACGGGCCGGCAUGGAUGAGGCGGGCCCUGAUGGGGUAAGGGAUGAGGAUCUCAUUGCAGAGAAGCGGAUGGUAGUGGAGGCUGCCAAGCAGAAGGUGGAGGAGGAUGAGGAAGCUUACCAGAAGCUUUGUGUUCAGGUUAGGGAAAAAUCGCUGAUGAGUUUGAAGAGCCACUUGCCUGAGCUUUUCCGGGCCUUGUCUGAUUUUGCACUCGCUUGUUCGGACAUGUACGGUUAUUUGAGGUCGAUCACGCAUUCGCGUGCUAGAAACGAGGCUUGAAGAUUUUUUUUCAAGAAAAAAAUUCUGAAUAUAUGUAUUUUGCAAUAAUUGGUCCUUGGUUGUGCUUCUUUUUUUUUUUAGAUACUUGUAGGGAUUGGAUGAGUUUAUUCAUUUGGAAGUCUUGUGUGUGUUACGUGUAUAGUGUAGCCAGCAUAAUCGAAUUAUUUAUUUAUUUAAAAAAAAAAUAAGUGGACAAAAAAAAAA